AUGGUGUUUGAAGGAGCAAUUUCCAGGGAGCAUAGUGUGUUGUUGGCUUCGGAGAUACCUAUUGACUCGCCUGAACCAUCAACAUGGCCCUCACCUAUCUUCUCUUCGGAUGCCUUCGAGCAAAUGAUGCUUCCUGAUCUAUGCGGCGUUACUCAUCAUCGGGAACAAUAUCUCUUGUUGAAGGUUAUCACAAAGACAGACACAGUGAUCAUGAAGUCGGCUGCCUUCGGAAUGGAAGAUGACAAAAAUGUUCUGUUCCUGAAGUCGUCGCCCGACGACGAAGAAAAAGAAAUGUGGGACACACAAGAGCUUGAAGUUGAUUCGGAUUUCAUCGUUAAGGAGCCUAGGGUUGAACUUGAGGACGAUGGUUACUGCACGGUUCAGUAUGAUUACCGCACAGGCGUCUUGUUCCUGGCCCAUGGAAGUGAGCUCAUUCCUUUUCCCUGGAGAAAAGAAGUGACAGUGUCAGUGAAUGGAGCAGUUUUCUGGAAUUGA